GUCAGAUAAAGCUCAUAGGAACCUUCGUGCUGUGACUGCGGGUCUCAGUCGGAACGGUUUGAGCGGGACACCGACGUGGAAACUCUAAAGCAUCCGCUGUAGCUGAAGCUCCGCGAGGAAGAUGAGCACCAAACAGGUGACCUGCAGGUACUUCCUCCACGGUGUGUGCAGAGAGGGCAGCCGCUGUCUGUUCUCCCACGACCUGAACAACAGCAAACCCUCCACCAUCUGCAAGUUCUACCAAAGAGGGACGUGUGCCUAUGGAGAGCGCUGCAGGUACGACCACAUCAAACCUCCAUCCAGAGGUGGUGGGGGAGGAGCUUCUCAGGAUCAGACAGGUGGAGGAGGAACUGGAGGUGGAGCUUCAGUCAGAGGAGGAGUGAAGAAGAACCUGGUCCUGAGGGACAGAGGUGCAGACAGGAUGUUCAGGGCUCCAGCUGACGGUCUGUGGUCAGAGGUCGCAGCAGCAGCAGCAGCUCCUCAGUCGUACGUGGAGGCCAUCAGGACGGGGCUGGACGCUUCAGCACAGCAACAAGCUGCUCCUCCUGUGGGCGGGGCCUCCCAGAACCUCCCCCAGCUGUGUCCCUACGCCGCCGUUGGACACUGUUACUACGAGGACAGUUGUACGUAUCUCCAUGGCGACCUGUGUGAGGUGUGCGGGCUGCAGGUGCUCCACCCCCACGACCCCGAGCAGAGGAGAGCGCACGAGAAGAUGUGUCUGCUGGCCUUUGAGGCUGACAUGGAGAAGGCGUUUGCAGCUCAGCUCAGUCAGGACAAGGUGUGCUCCAUCUGUAUGGAGGUGGUGGUGCAGAAGGCGAACCCAUCAGACCGCAGAUUUGGGAUCCUGUCCUCCUGCUGUCACACCUUCUGUCUGGCCUGCAUCAGGAAGUGGCGCUGCACCAGGAACUUCAGCAACAUGAUCAUCAAGUCGUGUCCGGAGUGUCGAGUCGUCUCAGAGUUCGUCAUCCCCUCCGUUUACUGGGUGGAGGACCAGGACGACAAAGACCACCUCGUAGAUCUGUUCAAGUCUGGAGUCAGUAAAAAGGCCUGUAAGUACUUUGAUCAGGGUCGCGGUUCGUGUCCCUUCGGAGGGAAGUGUCUGUAUCUUCACGCCUUCCCGGACGGAACCCGAGCAGAACCGGACCGGCCACGGAAACAGCUGAGCUCCGAGGGAAACGUCCGGUUCAUGAACAGCGUCCGUCUGUGGGACUUCAUCGAGGAGCGUGAGCAGCGCUCGGCCCCGCCCCUGCCAUCCCUCGAUGAUGACAUCACAGAGCUGAGGGAGCUCUUCAUGCAGAUGUCUGGUCCGAGCCACGAUGGGCUGGAGACCCCGCCCGCCGCGGACCAGUAGAGACCGGCCCGAGUCCUCUGGUCUCCAUGGUAACGGGUCAGGAUUGUCAGUGGAGAAUGAAACCAUGUGAUCACUCUGCAGCUCUGUGGUGUGUUGGCUAAUUGAUUAUUUAUGGUGUAAAUAAGUAAAUACAGAGUAAGUGUGAAGUCA